AUGAAGGUGAUGGUGCUAGCCAUUGCGGUAAUCCUUCUCUUUCAGUCAAAUGUCGUUACGUCCUCCUGGAUCCCAUCUGUGAGCGAACUAGCAGUACGAAAUGCGGGUGUGGCCUCGGAUGCUCUCAUAGAUGAACCCAUCUCUGAUUCCCCCGUUCUUGAGAAACGGAGAGGUGGGGGUGGACGUGGAGGUGGCAGUAGUGGACGAGGAGGCGGCGGCGGCGGCGGCGGCGGUGGACGUGGAGGGAGCAGUGGUUCUUCAAGCCGAACCGGCAAUCGAGGAGGCACAACGCGCAGUGGUUCAGGGCCUCGUCCUACUUAUGGCAGCGGAAAUUACUAUGCUGGAGGCACCGCAGUUCCAUAUGCCGCUGGCCGUAUGUCGCCUCUUGGCCUGACACCUUUCUUCUUACCAGUUGCAGCCCUGGCCUUCUUCCCCGGUCUCUGGCUAUUUGGUGCAUACGCCUACCCAUACAAUCAUGCGUACUCCUACAUGAAUAAUGCCACCCAUCAUAAUGAGUCAGUGCCCGUUGUCUGUCUAUGUCAAGAGUAUGAGGUUUGUGGAUGCGACGACAACAAUGACUCUAAAUUCUACAAUUCCCUCUUCAAUGGCAGUGAGCCUAUCAAUUCGAGCAUUACAAGGGUUGUAAAUGUCAAUGGGACAGAGAAGAUCUAUAUCAACGGAACUUUGCCAAACGGUACAACUGCAGCCAAUGCGUCCGCUACUGAUUCUGCUGCAUCGACUGUGAACCCGCAGCAUCUGCUGGGAUAUUGGCCUAUAGUGGCUCUUGCUUCGGGUGUUGUUUGGCUCCUCUGA